AUGGGGAAGGGGCCGGGCUGGUCCCGCCUCUUCGGCCCCAUGCUGGGACUCCUCUACAUCCUGCCAACAGUGAUGGCAGGCCAGAGCCCCCCGGCCCAGGAUACCCCUUCACAGGAGCUGAGCCAGCGCGGCGUGCGGGGGGGCUCGGUGGAGCUGGCGUGUGGCGGGGUCCCUGCCCCCCAGGUGGUCUUCUGGAGCUUCACCCCGCUUGGCUCGCCGGCGCCCUGGCUCGUGGCCGUCAGCAGCGGCGCAGAGGUCCAGGUGGAGCAGGCGGCCGGGGCCCUGGGCACGGUGGCCCUGAGGAACGGCAGCCUAUGGCUGGGGUCGUUGCGGGAGGGCGCCCGCGGCCGCUUCCUGUGCCAGGCCAUGUACAGAGCGGGCGGCCGCAUCCGAGUCACCUACACCCACAUCGCGCUGGAGGUUUUGGUGCCCGUGUCCAAGCCUCACGUGCGGCUCAGUGACCCGACGCCGGUGGAGGGCACGGCGGUGGCAAUGGGGUGCGCGGUGCGGGACGGCACGGGCCCCGUCUCCUACAGCUGGCAGCGGCGGGGCCCCGGAGGCCGGGCCGGGCCCGAGGACCUGGCGCCGGGCCGGCAGCUCAACCUGACGGCCGUGAACCGCAACCAGACCGGCUGGUACGUCUGCACGGCCCGCAACGAGGUCAGCAACUGGACCAGCGACGCCGUCUACCUCGACGUGAUCUUCGGGCCCGACGAGCCGGUGGUCAGCAUCGAGCCCUUCGCCACGGCCGACGGCGGCUUCAUAGCCGUGGAGCGAGAGGAGGUGACGCUCGCCUGUCAGGCCGCCUCCAACCCUCCCAGCCACUUCGUGUGGCUGCACGACCGUGCCCAGGUGCACACGGGCCCCACGUACGUCAUCCCCCGCGUCGCCCGGGCCCACGCCGGCUCCUACACCUGCCUGGCCCUGAACCCACGCCUGGACACCCGCACGCAGACCACCGUCCAGCUGACUGUCCACUACCCUCCGCCGGGGCGGCCCACCUGCAGCACCUCGGCCAGCCCCCCGCCCGUGCCCCUGCACUGAGCCUGGCCCGGGGGCUUCCCACCCGCCCGGCUGCAGCGGGAGGACCCCGAGGGGGCCAGCAGCCCCUCGCCCUCCCGGGCCACCUGGAGACCCCCGCCCCCUCGGCUCCUCAACGGCAGCAGCUUCACCUGCAGGGCCGCCCACCCGGCCUUCUGGGAGCCCUCGGGGAGCCCCUCCUGCGCCACCGCCGUCACCACCGCCCCCAAUUACCUCCUGCUGAGCUGCCGGUGGGCCAGGGGGCAACCCCUGCCCCUGCUCACCUGGCACGAGGGGGACCGGCCUCUGGCAGGGGGUGCCCACCCUUCGCCCGCCACUCACGUCCUCGGCCUUCAAGGCCGGCUGGCAGGCAGGGAGUUCGUCUGCACGGGCUCCCACCCUCUGCGGGCCCCGGGCCCGGCCUGCAGCCUGCGGCUAGGUGAGUUGAGGCCUACGCGCCCUUCGCCCUCCUCUUCCCCCGUGGGCCUUUCGGCCUCUCUCACUGUGGGUCUCCCUCUCGUGUCUCCGUCUGUGAAUAAUAAGAAUAAUUCCGUCUCCCGCCGGGAACGUCUCCCUCUGGGUCUCUGGGUCCUCAAGGAGAGCGAGCUCGGUCCUGCGGCCCAAGGCCUCACCGUCCACGACGCCCACCCGGCCCUCCACGGGGGCACCUACCGCUGCGAGGCCUGCGGCUUCCUGGGCACCGCCACCCGCGACGUCCGGCUGGAGGUCCGGAGGUACCCGCCCCCGCCCAAAGUCACCAUCAGCCUCCUGACCUACGGGCGCGACCCCCGCCACGUGCGGAUGGAGUGGGCCACCCGCGGCCCCGGCAACCUGACGGCCUUCCUGCUGCAGAGGCGGGCCGGACCCCCCACCCACACCCCCUCCUCGCCCCCGGUUGGCCCGGGACCCUGGGAGACGGCCGCGGCCAUGGGGCCCGACGGUCGAGGUCAGGGGCUGGGCGGCCCGGACCCCGGCGUCCUCUACGCCUUCCGCGUCCUGGCGCUGAACCACCGCACGGCCGGACACCCCUCGGAGGGGCGGACACCAGUGGAUCCGCCGUCCAGCUUGGUCCCCGCGGUCCUCGGCGCCGCCGCUGCGGCCACGGUCCUCGCCUCGGCCGCCUCCCUGCUGCUGCUGCUGCUGCUGCUGGCCACCCGCCGCCCGGACGUGUGCCCCCGGCUCAGCUGGCCGGGCAGCACCCACGGGAUGACCCACAGGCCGGGGAAGCGGUGCCCGGGGGGCAGGAGCGAGCAGGUGAGCGUGGGCAUCGUCACUGAACCAACGCCCGGUAUUAACUGA